UUUUAAUGUGUGCGAUUCACGGCAUUCCCAUUCUUUUCUGGACGCACAUUGUAUAACUAGCUAAGCGGAAUUCUACGCUGGUUUCCAUUGGCCAAUGGAUAUGAAGAACUUUCUAAAAGAAUUACCUGUUUUGUUCCACACCUGUCGGAAUCACGGUACCACGGUUUUAACAACGUCAAUGUGUCGAAGUGCGUGUUUUUGUAACCGGAUUGACAAAAAAGAAUUACACAAAAUAAUAUACACUGAACGCUGCAAUAACGUGUAGAUUAAUUGUGCACUUCUAUACGCAUUUGUUAUCAUAAAUCAUUACGAAUUUUGAAAGUCAUGGGUGAAGCUCCUGAUGGACUCUUCACAUUCUUGUCGAACUGUUGUUUUCACUGUCUCAUGUGCUUUGUGGAGAUUAUUUUUAAAAUAGGUUCCGGUUAGUGUUUUCGGUUUUCUGUUAAUAGUUUAUCGAAUCGUGCUUGUUUCUGGAUUAAAAGAAUUUGAAAUUGUGUGUAUUUAUGUGGCUUUGGCAAGAGAAAUUUUAUAAUGCAUCAGUUUUUGGUUUAUUUAGUAGCCGUUUUCGCCAUAGUGAUCAUUAAAGGAAAAUGCCAAGCUAGCGAAAAUACGCCUCCAACGCUAUGGUUGGACAGAAAUUGGAGAAUACCGGAAACGGAACCCGUUGGAUCGGUGAUCGUCCGAGCACAUGGGGGCGAUAAUGAAAACGAUAACUUAGAAUAUGGGUUGGAGCCGUUAAAUAUGAACUACAACGGCGGAAAGGAUAUAGAUCAUUUGCCCUUUCGAAUCGAUAAUAAAACCGGAGUAAUUUACUUGAACGAAUCCUUAAAAGGAAGAGGCGGGGAAAAUAUAUUCCUGUACGUGACUGUUUUUGAUGGGAAACUCACCGCCAAAACGGAAGUGUGGGUCAACAUUUUAAAAGAAGGUGAUAAAAACAACGGAGGACGUGCUUCUUCAUCAAGAAACGGUCCGAUGAGGCCGAACCUCUUUUCUACAUUCAACAGGGGUACUCCUCCUCCAGCUAUUGCCAACAAUCCGCCACCACAUCCCGGUUUACCUAUUUUCCAAAAGAAAUCAACUUUAGUUCCAAACUCUGAAAUAUCAAAAGUUCAUCUUCAACUCAUCAACUCCACAACUACACGAUCAACAACUUCUGGAGAUGUCGAAUAUAAAACAAGGGAUAUUGACUUGAAACAGGGUGAUAGUAACCAAUUGGAAGAGAAAAAUUCACCCAAAGAUGCUGCAUCUACAGCAGACGAGUCCUUGAAGGCUGCCCAGGAUGUUAGCGUCACUUUGGUACCUGUUGUCAUUGUUUGUGGAAUUUUUUUGGCCGUUGCGGUCCUUGCUGUCGUUUUAAGGAAGAAAAUAUGCUGGGGAAAAAUUAAAAAAGCAGGAAAUGAUAAAGAGAAAGAAUCAACCAGAGAUAUCGCACUUCGCGACGACCCUUCGUUAACAAUGCAACAUUGGAGAGGCCCGAGAGCGUUUAAUAAUCGAUAUGAACCCUGGGACGGGGAAUCCCACGUUCAAGCUUCUAGUCAAUUAUCUGUUCCGCCAAAGACAGGAGACCCCUGGGAAUUCCCGAGACACAGGCUGAAAGUUUUCAAUAUAUUGGGAGAAGGCGCGUUUGGACAAGUGUGGAAAUGCGAAGCAACAGAUAUUGAUGGCAAAGAAGGAGUUUCCAUUGUAGCUGUAAAGACUUUGAAGGAAAAUGCGUCAGAAAAGGAACGUUCUGAUUUAAUAUCCGAAUUAAAUGUAAUGAAAACUUUGGAAGCUCAUCCAAACGUUGUCAGGUUACUUGGUUGUUGUACGGAGAAAGAUCCAAUUUUUGUUAUUAUGGAAUUUGUGAGUAAAGGAAAAUUGCAAAGCUACUUGAGAAAUUCGCGAGCCGAAAGGUACUACAACAACAUGCAUGGUCAAAGCAAAACAUUAACCUCCAGGGACUUGACUUCCUUUGUCUAUCAGGUGGCUAAGGGAAUGGAAUUCUUAUCAGCAAAUGGGAUAAUUCACAGGGAUUUGGCCGCAAGGAACGUCCUUAUCACAGACGAUCACAUCUGUAAGGUUGCAGACUUCGGAUUUGCUAGAGAUGUCACGUCAACCUACGUUUACGAACGAAAAAGCGAAGGACGAUUACCAAUACGUUGGAUGGCCCCAGAGUCCCUGUACGAUAAUAUAUUUUCUGUGAAGUCUGACGUGUGGAGCUUCGGUGUUCUUAUAUGGGAAGUCGUAACUCUGGGCAGUACGCCGUAUCCUGGCCUUUCAGCAGCCGAGGUUAUGAAAAGGGUCCGAGACGGACAUCGAUUAGAAAAACCGGAGCACUGUCGCAGGGAGUUGUACAACAUAAUGUACUACUGUUGGGAUAAAGACCCUAAAGAAAGGCCAACGUUUAGUGAGUGUAUAGAGUUGUUGGAAAAGCUUCUUAUGACAGAGACUGAUUAUAUUGAACUCGAAAGAUUCCCGGACCAUUCUUAUUACAACAUGCUCAGUCUUAGCGGAGAAAAAGUGUAAAAAAAAAGUGCGAUGGUGUAAAAACAUUUCUUAUUUCAAUUUAAACAUUAAAAACAUUCGUUAAAUAAAAAAAUGUGGCAAAUCGGGUUGCUAAAAUUUUAAAUAACACAUUUUCAACAAGCAAAAACUGCUUUCAAUGAGUCGCAGAAUGUUCGUGCCGAAAACCAAAUUUGGUUUUGAAAAAUAAACAAGUACCUAACUGCCUCACCUAAUAAUAAAAGAAGAAGAAGAAAUCUAAAAUCGGAAAGAGUAAAUACUGAAGGUAAGAUUCUACUAUAGGAAAAAGAAUAGGAUAUUUUUUUGUACUUACUAUUUGUGUGAUUUUUUAUUUAUUUGUAAUAUUUCCGUUUCGUUUUUAUUUAUUAGUCCAAUCUCAUUAAAUGUACCUAAUUAACCAAACAAUGAAUUAAUAUAGACUUUAUUUCGCAACGUAUCAUUAAAAACAAACUAUUAAUUGCAAGUUUGCAUUUUUUAUGUAUCCAAAAGUUAUUAUAAAGAUGUAUCGAUAUGUCUACCAAUUUGUCUUAAAAGCUUUUCCGCAGGUUCCUAACGAAAUACCUAUUGACUGUAUAAUUUUUAUAAUGAAACUCGUUAAUUAAGAAAUUAAGAUAAAAGAACUACGUACGUAUUAGAAACAUAUGUACCUAUAAACGAUAAAAAUACAAGCAUACAUAAUAUAUAAUAUAAUACUGUCAAUAAAAGUUUGUGAUACCAUUGUUAGGAUAAU